AUGUCUAUACACACCCUUCAAGCCCGCCUGAAAGACACGGCCAGCUCCCUGGGCGAAACGAAACCUCUCAUAGAGCGACUUCGAAACUUUACACAUGCUAUUGGACAAGGCGACGAGGCGCGCUUGGAGCUCGGAGCCGAAAUUCAUUCGCGACUCAAAAAUGUGGAAGACGAGAUGGAGAUUCUGAAUGUGGAAGUUGAAAGUCUAGAAGAGCCUGGCCAGAGUAGAAGGAAAGGGAAUGAAAACAUGGAAAAGAGCGCCGAGCGGAAACGAGUCAUUGGUCUUGCUGAGAGACUGACGGCUGAUUUGAAGAGGACAAGAACGGAAUUUCGUAAUGCGCAACUCCAGGCCAACCGCAAUGCAGAGACUGCGCGCAGAAAGGAACGGGAACUGCUGUUUGUACGAUCUAGCGAUAGGGACGAGUCGAGAAAAGGGACAAAUAAAUUCACGCAAAACGACGUUACGAUCAAUGCAUCGAACGAUGUCACGGCUGCCCUGAGAAGAACCCACGAGCUUAUGCAGGCGGAGCUAUCCCGUAGCCAGUUUGCUCAAGAGACUCUCGAGUCUUAUACUAAACUUGACACCGUCUUGUCCUCCACCCGAGCUCUUGUUAGCUCCCUCUUACGGUCUCAAAAGUCUGACACAUGGUAUCUCGAAACAUCGUUCUAUCUACUUAUUGGAACUAUUGCAUGGCUUCUUUUCCGAAGGAUACUUUAUGGACCGAUGUGGUGGCUUGCAUGGAUGCCGGUUAAGAUGAUUUAUAGGUUUGUCGCAUCUGUCUUUGGCGUGGCAACGUUCUCAGGGUCUGUUGCUACCACCACUUCGGCCUUGGUUAGUGGUGGUACACAGGUAGCAAAUGCACAUGCUGGCACGGAAACGGCGACAGCAGUGAUAGAAGGCAAAGACGCUCCAGUUGUGGUGACUGCCCAGGGAAGUGAUGAGGAUUCCGUGCUUGAAGAAAUCAAUAAUAUAAUCGCAGACGAACAUCUAGACGCAGAACAGGGUGACGAGGCUUCAAGCAGCUCCAAGCAAAAGACAUCAGAUAAUGCAGCAGAACAGUCGCGUUUACAGCCCUGGGUUGAGAAAUAUCGACCCAAAUCUUUGGAUGAUGUCGCAGCACAGGAUCACACCACGACCGUUCUCCAACGAACAUUACAAGCCUCCAACCUUCCACACAUGCUCUUCUACGGGCCCCCCGGAACGGGCAAAACAUCCACAAUUCUCGCACUUGCCAAAUCCCUCUUCGGCCCUACACUGUUUCGCACGCGUGUCCUCGAACUCAACGCCUCCGACGAGCGCGGUAUCAACAUAGUCCGCGAGAAAAUCAAAGACUUUGCUCGAACCCAGCUUUCACAACCCAGCGGUCUAGAUGCAGCAUACCGCGAGAAAUAUCCCUGCCCACCUUUCAAAAUCAUCAUCCUAGAUGAAGCCGACAGCAUGACGCAAGACGCCCAAUCUGCCCUCCGUCGCACAAUGGAACAGUACAGCCGUAUCACGCGUUUCUGUCUGGUUUGCAACUACGUCACUAGAAUCAUUGAGCCGCUGGCUAGUCGAUGCAGCAAGUUCCGCUUCAAGGCGCUCGAUGGUAGCUCGGCGGCAGAUCGGAUAAACGAGAUUGCGCAGGCGGAGAGCUUAACGUUACAGGAUGGGGUUGUCGAUACGCUGAUACAAUGCGCCGAGGGUGAUCUGCGUCGAGCUAUUACCUAUCUUCAAAGCGCGGCUAGACUUGUUGGCGCAACACAACGAAAGAAGAAUGAUGGGGAUGACGAUACGGAAAUGACAGAUGCUGACAAUAGUCAGUCGGGGAUUAUUACGGUGCAGACUAUUGAGGAGAUUGCGGGUGUUGUUCCGGACAGUGUGUUGGACAAGUUGACGCAGGCUAUGCAGCCCAAGAAAAUGGGUUCGGCUUACGAGGCAGUGGCAGCAGUCGUCUCGGAGAUUGUUGCUGAUGGUUGGAGUGCCACACAAGUAUUAAUUCAGCUAUACCGCCGUAUCGUCUUCAACGAUGCAAUCCCUGACAUCCAGAAGAACAGAAUUGUCAUGGUCUUCUCGGAAAUGGACAAAAGGCUCCUCGAUGGCUCGGAUGAGCAUCUAUCAAUUUUGGACAUGGUGCUACGCAUUUCGGGUAUUUUAGGGUCUUGA